CCGUAGAAGAAGAAACACGUGAUUCGCGCUAACUGGUAGCAAGAUGGCGGUUGUGGUGCGGAGCUUGCAAGACCAGCUCGAAAAAGCCAAGGAAAGCUUGAAACACGUGGACGAUAAUAUCCGCAAAUUAACCGGACGUGAUCCCAAUGAAUCGAGGCCGGGCCAGAUCCGUCGGCUCGGCGGCCCCAUGGCAGGCGUCGUAGGAGGAGGAGGAGGAGGAGGUGGUAGAGGCAGAGGAACCAACCUGCUCAGGCGCAGUCUCUCGGAAAUAGGAAGUGCCGGCCCCCCUGCCAAGCAGAGAGACAUCGAAGGAGCUCUGCUGAGGCUGGCAGGGGACCAGAGGGCCAGGAGAGAUGCGCGCCACGACAGCGACGCCGAGGAUGACGAUGACGUCAAAAAGCCGGCGUUGCAGUCGUCUGUCGUAGCUACCUCCAAGGAGCGAACGCGCCGAGACCUCAUUCAAGAUCAGACCAUGGAUGAGAAGGGCAAACAGAGGAAUCGGCGCAUGUUCGGCCUGUUGAUGGGGACCUUGCAAAAAUUCAAACAGGAGUCCAACGUCUCUACAGAUAAGCAAAAGAGGCGCACAGAGAUCGAGCAGAAGCUCGAAGUUCAGGCUGAGACAGAGAAGAAGAAGGUGGAGAGCGAAAAGAGGGAGCUGUUUGAAGAGAGGCGAGCCAAACAGACUGAGCUGAGACUACUGGAGCAGAAGGUGGAACUAGCUCAGCUGCAAGAGGAGUGGAACGGUCACAACAGCCGUCUGGUGAAAUACAUUCGCACCAAGACAAAGCCUCACAUCUUCUAUUUGCCUGGAAAAAUGUGCUCCGCCACACAGAAACUCUUCGAUGACUCCACCAAGAAACUAAACGCUGUGUUUGAGGAGAGGCGCGAGGCUUUUGCCGAACACCUCAGUAAGAUGGAGUCCCGCCCCCGGCGACAGCCAAACCGCGACCAGGAUGGCAACACGGCUGCAACAGGAAUGGACCACCGAGCGGAGGGUAAGCCCGCAGGUCAGAUAGUCAAGGUGGCAGGUAACCAGGGACAUAUGGAGGAAGAUGAGGAGGAGGAAGAUGAGGAAGAGGAGAGGGGGAAGGAGGGGGAUAGAAAGGUGAAGGGUGAGGAUGGGGAAAACGAGCAGAUGGAUGGGUUGCAGAAGGUAGAUGAAGAGGUGGAGAAGAUGGAGUUGGGUGAGGAGGGUAGGAAGGAGGAGAAGAAGGAAAGAGAGGGGGAGGGAGUUAAGGGCAGCGAGGAUCAGAGGGGAGCGGGAGAAAAGGGACAAAUGGAGGUUAGUCCAGGGUUAGAGGAGAUGGAAGUUGAGGGGGAGCAGGGGGACAGGAAAAAAGAAGAGGCAGGAGAACCAGAAGGUGUACAGAGGCCCGCAGACCUCCAAAAGGAAAAGACCCAAGACACCCAGUCCUCCGAACCACCCAUAACCAGCCAAGAGGCACCAGAAACCAGUCAGCAACCCCAGCCCAGUCCCAGUCCCGCUGCAGGGGAACCAGCGGCACAGUCCUCUGAGACCCGAGGCACCUCUCCUACCCCAGAACCCCUAACUGCCCCCACCGUGCCUGGUCAGAAUCUCAUCCUCCCUGGCUCUAAGGUACAGGACUCUGCAGCCGAGAACCAGGUUGCAGGGGGGAAGACGGUGGAGGAAGCCUCACAAGAGCUGCCUGAUCCUCAGGAGGCCCCCAGCACCACGCCGGCACCCUCCAAGGAGGACGGGGACAGUGGGAGAGGGAGGAAGAAGCAAAAGGAGCCGAAGAAGGUCCGCAGUCAUAGCAACAGCUCCUCCUCUUCGUCAUCUGGCUCGUCCUCCAGCGGGAGCUCCUCCUCUUCCUCCUCUGGCUCGUCCUCCAGCGGGAGCUCCUCCUCUUCCUCCUCAUCGUCCAACAGCAGCAGCCGAAGUCGCAGCCGCGACGGCGGCAAGCGCAAGAGGAGGCCGUCGGACAGAGGCAGGAAGAAGGGAGAAGACAGGAGUCCCCGCAAGAGUGGAGGGACCAGUGGAGGGGGACGGGACUCGAAGGGAUCGAAAGAGAGGAGGAAGAGGAGGAGCGACGAGGGGAGGGGCCGAUCGUCCCGCGGCGACAGGGAGCAUAAAGAUAGAGACAGGAAGGACAAGAGGCGCUAACCUGCUUCUCGUCCAGCCUCUGUAGAGACGCAGGGAAAAAGACCUCCAGCCAUUAAUGACACCAGAUGACUGAAGUUUUUAACUGGUAUUCAAACGCCCUCAUUUUUCACAUAAAGACCACGCUGGUAGUUUUAACGCAAGAGGAUAAAAAUAAUCUGAAACAAUAGAUGACUGGUUAUUAUUUUCCUCCCACUUUUCCCCGUAGUAAUGUAAACUGGACUUGUUAGUCAGAGCGGUGCCUCUGGCAGGGCUGCUCCUCUGGUCGGGCUCCGGACUAAAUGGGUUUGAGGUAGGAGAGUUUUACAUUUUAGACAUUUAAUUUUAAAUCCAGAUGAUUUAUUCUCUAGCUCUAACUGGGGGUUUACAGAGGUCUUAAGUGGCGCUGCAGAGAAAAGAUGGUGUUGAAUGUUUUUUGAGGGGGCUUUUUUUUCAUCCGAAUCAUAAUACCAUAGGCUGGGGUAUCUGUGGUUAUGGUCGCAUUGACCAGUUGUUGUGUUUUCAAGUUGAUGUGGCACAUUAAUCCCAAUUUGGCUCCACUGUUUUAUCAAUGUCGAGGCCCAUGUAUGUUCCUCACAUGGCUACAUGUGAUGUGCUGAAAUACUGGGUUAGAAUCUGUUUCGUCAUUAUUAUUUUUUUGUACCAGCUGAUAAUUUGCUUCAAAAUAAAGGUGAGGUAUUAAUGAAA